AUCAAAGUGGUAGUCAUGGAAACAACCCUGGCCUGCUUCCUCCCACAAAUCGAUGGUGUUGGUAGUGGUGGUGGGCUGGACGUGGUGAGGAGAACCCCUGAUCCUAUCCCUCGUUCAGACGCAGAGCCCCUCAUCCUCCAUCGCCAGCACAACAGGAAGCAGAAGUCCAGGACAGAAAAGAGAAGAGAAGCAGGAGAAGCGAUGGUGAAACAGGGUGCUCACAUCCACACUGGGAUGCUGUUUCUGGCUGUGUGCCUGCAGCUGGAGGCUGCUGCUGCUGCCGCUGCAGGCAUGUUGAAAUUGGAAGGAACCCAGGAUGGAGGCAGCAACGGGGACACCAUCAGCCAUUCCCUGGUCCUGGUGCAGCGUCUCGAGGCCCUGCUGAUUCAGGGGAACGGAAGCGAUGUGUCGUUGAGGGUGGAGACGCCCACCGCAGACGAGGUGAAGGUGAUCCAAGCCCACACCCUGGUGCUUUCCCUGCAGAGUCCUGUGUUUGAGGAGAUGCUGCUGAGCCGCAACAGCAGCACGCUGGUCCUGAGAGAGAGCUCCGACUGUGCUGCUGUGUUUGACAAGUUCAUCAGGUAUCUGUACUGUGGGGAGCUUUCUCUGCAUCUGGAUCAGGCAACUCCUCUACAUAAACUGGCCACCAAGUACCAGGUGCUGAGUCUCCAGCAGGGCAUCACCCAGUACAUGACCCAUAAUCUGGCCAGGGACUCCCCAUCGGGCCACAUGGCGGGCUGGUACGAGUAUGCCCUGCAGGCCGGGGACAUUACUCUGAGGGACAGCUGUCUUCAGUAUAUGGCCUGGAACCUGUCGUCACUGCUGCAGAGUGGUGAGUGGGUGACCAUCAGCAGCGAGCUGCUCAUGUCCCUGCUGCAGCGUUCAGACCUCAUCCUGCAGAGUGAGAUGGAGCUCUUCUCGGCACUGGAGGCGUGGAUUAUCCAGAAUAAUCCAGAUGGUUUGACGGUGGAGAAUGCUUUGAGAGCUGUGCGUUAUGCCAUGAUCCCCCCACGGGAGCUCUUCCUCCUCCAAACCCAGUCCACAGUCUUGGCUCGUUAUCAGGAGUCAGUGCGUGACCUGCUCUACAUGUCCUACCAAUUUCACUCAGCCUCUCCGCUGCAGAUGGCCAAAUACUUUGAUGUGAACUGCAGCCUCUUUGUGCCCAGGAACUACCUGUCCCCACUGUGGGGGUCACCCUGGAUCAUCAACAACCCUACACGGGACGACCGCAGCAUGAGUUUCCAGACCCAGCUUGGGCCGAGCAACCACGACGCCAACAAGCGAGUGACCUGGAACGUCCUGUUCUCACCCCGCUGGUUGCCCCUCAGCAUGAGGCCCAUGUACACUGAGACGGGCGCCAUGCAGCCGACACGUGUGGAAGGUGGGCGUCCUCGUGUGAUCAUCACGCCUGCCACGUCCAGCGCCGAUUUUGCUGGAGUGAACUUCCAGAAGACGGUGCUGGUGAUGGCUCAGCAGCAGGGGAAGGUGGUGGUGAAGCAUGUCUACAACUUCCAUCAGAGCACAGAGGAAAACGGCGAUUUCUUGGCCGAAGCUGACCUGUACCGCCGAACGUCUGAAUACCUCAUGGACAGCUCCCUGUUCCUCCAUAUUGUGGUGAAACCACUGUACCAAACCCUCAUAAGCACCAAGAAUUAACUCUCUUCACACAGUCCAACCCUCACUCAUACGUAUCCCAUCAUGGAAACAUGGAUCUGAGUCUGCCUCAGGUGUGACUUUUGGAUCAUUUGUCUUGUCUGAUUCAUGGCUGCCUGAGAGCAUUUUGUAAGGGUAAAAUCAUAACAGAAAGAUGGUGCUAUUCUGUAUUUUUCUGGGUGUCAACAAAUACCAACAAAGGAUCCAGCUGCUGUAAAAACUCAGUAGAAGGCCAAAUAGAAAUUAAUCUGCCACUAAAAGUAAUCCCCAAGAAAUGCUCCCUGUCUUCCUGGGUAAUAAAGUGAGGAAUGGACUAAUGUACUAAUGGUUUUGGUCUUUUUAUGGCACUCAGGAAAAUGCAGAAUAUCACCAGCCUUGUUGUUUAUUCUUCAGGUUCAGUUCCUUUGUUAUACACUGAAAUAUUGGUGCUAUUAUACCCUAUCUACACGUAAAGGGGUCACAGUUGAUAUUCACCAUCCAGUAGGCACUGAUCUAAAGCUUUGCUGAUCAAAUUCUACCCUGAUGUUGAGGUUUGCAGAAAAGUUAUUUUUAAAGCUGUUUUAGUUGGACUUGCAUCAAACUGAACUAUGGUUGAAACAGCAGUUAAAUGUAAUUUCAGAUUCCUCAAUUUUUUUUAAGCAGUAAAUCAUCAAAUCUGUGCUUACUGGACACCAAACGGAGCUUUUUACAUUUUUCUUCUACUUCUAUUUUUUAACUUAUUUAGAAACCCAACCUGUACUCCUUCACACUGCAGUAAUGUCCCAGUACCUCGUUAACUAGUUCAUUAAUGUGACUGAUGAAAUUGCUUAGAUCCACUGCUGCAUUAAUCAGCGUCGCCCGGUAAUAAAGAUUGUUAAGUAAGCUUUAAAAUUAAACUGAAUAUUGUCCUGAUUGUCA